AUGAUCCCUCUGGCUGUUUAUGAACAUCAGACACCUAUCACAUCUCAAAACUCGCUAUACUCAUAUACAGGAAAAACCUCGAGUGAAAGACCAAGCCUCUUGAAGCAGAGCAAGCCAAAAAAGAAUGUACAGAGCAAAGCUGAACUAAAUAAAAUCAAGAAACUCGCAAAACACCUCAUUGAGAAGAAAAAUGAAAUGGUAGUUGAGUAUGAAAAUGUGCAAAACGGCAUAGAGUCGUCUACCAAUGUUAAAAGUGAUGAUAUUUGGGCAGAUGAUGCAGCUGUUGGACCAGAUUCUGGGAAACCCCUUGGAAAAAUAUCCAACAUUAACCAGAUUAUACCUCCAGUGGAGCUUCCACAUCCUGGUCAGAGUUACAAUCCAGAUCCAUCGGAUUACCUGGAACUCCUGAAUAGAGUUGUAGACCAAGUUCAAGAGGAUAAAAACACAAAAGUUAGCGAGAGUCUAGACACUGUCUUACAUACAACAUUCCCGUCGCUUAAUCUUGCGGAAAUUGGCUUCAAACAGAAGCAGAAACUGAUCAACCUAAUUGUCCAAGGAAAGACUGAUGAGACUUCACUCACAAAUGCACUCCAGGACGAGGAUAUGGGUGAUGAAAAUAUGGAGGAUGCCGAUGAAAGCGACCAAGAGGAAGAGGGGAAAAGGACAAAAAAAAACAAAAAGAAGACACGCACAGAUAGGAAUAGGAUGAAGCGUGCAAAGUUGGAGGAAAGAAAACAACUGCUUGCCAAGAAUAUUAAAAAGUUGGUAAACGAUGUAAACCAUAUCAAGGUUUUACAAAAGAUGGAUAAGGACACAACCAAAGGUGGAAUUGAAAAGGCCCGUAAAUUUAAAAACUUUGUCAGAAAACUUGUGUCUGGACGUAUACCAACCAGAAUCUCAAAUAAAAAGUUUAAGAAUGACCCGCCAAAGCUUUUACUUACAGAAGAAAUGUCAAGUUCACUAAAGGGACUUAAUCUUGGAAAUAGCAGUUCAAUAGAUACUAUAUACAAGUCGAUAUACAGAAGAGGCCUGCUCCCACCACCUCCGACACUUGAUAACAAGUACAAGAGUUCGGUUAAGAAGAGGCUGUCAUAUGGCAAAAAGAUUGUUAAGAGGCUGCGUGAACGUGGUGAACUAUGA